UGACACAACUAUCUGCUGGUAGGAAGGGUGGGGGCUGCACGCCGCAGAAUUGGCAGGCUGGCUUUAAUCCCGUUAUAAGGCGCGGUCGCCGUCGACCGUCCCCAGAGGAACUUUUUUUAAAAACUUACGAUUUGAGUCUGGAGGCGGACUCGGGGUUAAUUUUUUGUGUUUUUCUUUUAACGAAAAGGCGUCCUUGAGUCAUUCCUAAUGAAAAACUACAAGUUCCAGUACCCCUCGCGACAAACGACGGGACUCAAUCUAUAAUAGUGAUUGGCGGAUGGACCGGGACUGUUGUGUGUGUGGCUAAAAUAUCCGUCAAUCAAGGAAGAUAGGCGGGGUGCGGGUGCCAGCACUCUAAGUUGCACGGAGCUGUGGCUGUGGUGCGGGGUUUGCUCGGAACGCAUUUAAAGACGUGACGUGUGAGGCAUAUGUGUUCUACCCAGAGGAGAACUUCUCCAGGCGUGCAAGAAUGUUUCUUACAUCCAAAGAAGCCAACUCCAUUCUGAAGCGAUUUCCAAGAGCAAAUGGUUUUCUAGAAGAGAUUCGGCAAGGCAGUAUUGAGCGGGAAUGUCAUGAGGAAAUUUGCGUCUAUGAAGAGGCAAAUGAAGUGUUUGAGGACAAAGAGAAAACAAUGGAGUUCUGGAAGGGAUAUAGCAGUAAUCUGUACACAACUCCCAGCAACAACUCUGGUCUGCGUGUAGAACGCACGGAUGCAAUCUAUGUUGUUGUCCCUCUCCUGGGUGUAGCACUGUUGAUUGUUAUUGCACUCUUUGUGAUCUGGAGGUGUCAGCUGCAAAAAGCAACUCGACGCCGGCCAACGUACUCUCAGAGCAGGUACCUGACAAGCCGUACGACACGAAGCCUCCCUCGGGUUUUAGUGCAUCGGGAGACGUCACAUGCACAGACAGACCCAUCUCAUCAUGAGCAGGGUACCAGACCUACCUUAGAUCGCAGUGAGCCCAGUGGGCAUCCAUCAAACAGAAAUUUGUAUACACAGGAACAGUCUGCAUCUGUCUCUUCUAGACUGUCCAAUGCGACCCCGCCGCCUUCAUAUGAAGAGGUUACUGGACAUGUUGAAAGCAGUGGGGAGGAGACAACUACGCCAUAUAGCGAUCCACCACCAAAAUAUGAAGAAAUUGUUAGAGUACACCCGGCUGUAUCACGCCAGACCACCAUAAACAAAUAACUGGCUGGAGAUCUGGUGGAAAUUACUGAUUCAGUGAAGAUAGCAUGCUGGAGUAAGGACCUUCUGCUUUGAGACAACUGUGUCUACCUGUUACUGCUUGGGCAAAAUUUACUUCCAGAAACUGCGUAAAGUAAAAGUUCAGGUGGCCGAUUGAAUUUGAGUAAAGCAGUUUUACUAGAAUGAGGUCGGGAAAAUGUUGACUUUUUAAAAACAAAAUUGGAUUGUACUAUAUCAUUCUUGUUGAAUACCUUGCAGAGACUAUUCCAUUUUAUCAUGCAGGGUAAAAGAGGUGUUUAACCCACUAAAAACACACACACAACAGAAGCCAAACUAAAUUUAAAAACUAGUCAGUAUCAGCAGUGUAACUUUUUGUGACUACUGUGGUGGCAAGUAACAACAUUGAUACAUAUGUGAUCCUAUUUCUUUGUUAAUACAGCACCACUGCCAGUUAUGUCACAUUUUUACUUUAUGCAAUAAGAGUAAAAGUUGUGGGAUUUCUAAAGCUGCAGUGGCCUUGCUUAGUACUUUGGGGAUUUGCAAUGUAGGUUUUUUUAAAAAAAAAUGUUAAGCACAGAAGAGAAGGUAUGCCUUGUAAGCAGACUGCUGCCUCCUCAGUUUAUAUUUGAAGGAAAUUUCAGGGAAUGGGACAAAGCUGUCACAUCAAGAUAUUUGCCAUUUCUGAAACUUGCUGCUGCCAUCAAGUUACAAGGUACCAGAAUCCUCCUUUUACUCCCUUCCCCUCCCCAAUAUGACCUGUCCCAAUCUCAGGUCAGGGGAAUUUUGACAAUGGUAGCUGUUCUCCCUGACCAGCUGUAUUUUAAAGUUCAGAAAAAGAAAUAUGGGCUGUUUGAAAGCUCUUAACUUAUUUUACAGUCUGUGAUGAGAGAUUUAUCAGUUUGCUAGGUACAAGAAUAUGUAUAAUUGCUGUGCUGUUUGGAAAGUAAUUUAGUAGUGGAUUGGAUGCCUAAGAUAUUAACAGUAAUAAUUUUUAACAUAAGAGGACGCCAUCUCAAAUUUCUUUAGGCUGCAUUUUCAUUGAACAAACAAAAACUGAAAGUGCAGAUGUCUGCUUAUUAAGCAUUGAGGUAAUUGAGAUGGUUAAUUGCAUGGUUGAGAGAUUAUAUUGUUUUUCAAUACCAAUUCUAUACAAUUUCUGGUUACUGAAGAUAGUAGAAAAAGCCCAUCUUCACUGUUUGAGAUGAUGCUCAAUUUUCCCAUUAAUUAUAAUUUUAAUUCAUCUUCGACUCAUUAAAGGUUUGGUAAUUUUCAUAGUUUAGGCCAACAAUAUUUGUUGCUGUGGCCAAAUGAGCUAUAUCUGAUGAAGGGUUGUUUCUGAUUUAUAUUGAUACACCACAGUGUGUUUUGAUAAUUGGAUACAAUUGUCAAAUUUUGCCACUAGGUUACUUAAUUAUAUUUUAAUCAAUGCAAGGAAACUAUCUAUGAUUCAGGAUCAUAAUAACUCUUCCUAUUGAAGCUGUGGAAUGGUUACAUGUUGACCUUCACCAUACAAUUGCCAUCCUUAAUGUUGCUCUACUACUGAGGGUCUCAAUGUGUGUUUCUGAGCAUCCCCUGUUAAUGAGAUCUGACUAAAUUUUGGGUUAGUUUUAAGUUGGAAGUUUGACAUUGAUAACAGAGUAGUAAUAAGCAUUUUUCUUUAAAAUUCUUUAAGUCCCUUCACAGCUUACCGCCCUCUAUUGCUGAAAACCUACCAGCCCUCCAAAUCCCUGAAUUUUCCACUUUGCUGACUUGAAUGUGUUAUCUUCUAUCUUUUGCCUGCCUGUCCACUCAUUCUUUCAAGCCACUGGCUAUGCACUUUUACUCACCUAGAUCACAUACUUAAAAUUUUAUUUUUGCAUUUCUUCAUCACACUCUUUAAGAAGUUCCCUAAAACCCAUCUCUUUAAGGUCAUGAGUAGAAAUGAUUAUAAAUCUUAGAGUCCAAGUGGUAAAGCAUGGAAAACAGUCACUUUGGCUCACCACAUCGAUACCUACCAGUGAUACACAUCUUUAUCAAUCCUAUUUUCCAGCAAUUGGCGUAAGGCUUUUAUGCCUUGGUGAUGGAAGUGUUUGGUUAAACACUUCUUAAAUGCUGUCAGCGAAUAUGCUUCCAACACACACUUUCUGGCCACUUCUAACUUCCAGCAUGGGCUGAUCACUAGCAAUGAGCAGUCACACCACAAGGGCCAGUUACCUACCCUUGCCGUUCAAUGCAUUACCAUUGUUGUGUCUUCCACUGAUGCGCAGAAUAUCAAAAAGAUCAACCACAUAAAUACUGUAUCUCUGAGAUCAGAUCAGAGGCUGGAUAUCUUUCAGUGUGUGACUCACCUCCUGACAUCCUGAAGUCUUUCCACAAUUAGAAGUGUGAUGGAGAAUGCUCUGUUUGCCUAGAUGAAUCGACGUCCAAGAACAUUCAGGAAGUGUGACACCAUGUAGGAUGAAACCUGCUUGGUACUUCAUUCUGUAUUCUAACCAUUCAUUGCAUCCACUGAUAGCAUAUUGUGGCUACUGCAUUUUACUGCAAACUCCUGCCUACUCUGACAUCACAUCUCAAACAUAUGACCUGUACCAACAAGACAGCAAAUGAAUGAUACCAAUACCUACAUAUUCCCCUGUUGGUCACAAGUCAUCCUGACUUGAAAAUAUAUCACCACUCAUACUCACUGCUGCUGGAAACCCUUUAUCCAGCAGCACAGUCAGUGUACCUUAAUCUGAUAACAAUGGUUCAGUGAGCUAGCUAACCACCAUCUUCUUAAGUGUGAUUAUAAUGGAAAAUAAAUACUGGCCAUGGCAACAGCAUCCACUUCCUGGGAAAAAAUGAAUAAAUAAAAAAACACUGGUAACUUUUUGCUUGCCGCUUGGAGUCAUCAAGCCAUACAGCACGGAAACAAUCUUACAAAUUCCACACUGACUCAUCGUCAGCAUUCACAUUUGCCACUCGCAUCCCUGUCAAUUCCUAUCUGUCUUCUAUUACACAUAUACACUACAGACGUAAAUUAUAUUAGCCAAUUAAAUACCAACCAGCAUGUCUUUGAGCAUGGGAGGAAAACGAAGCACCUGCAGGGAAACCCAAGCAGACACAGGGAGAACGUGCAAACUGCACAUGGUUGGCAUCCAAGGUGAAGAUCAAACCUUUGGUUAAUGGAAUUGCAAGGCCUCAGCACAAACUGCUGUGCCAAUGUGCUACUCUAAUUAUGUUUUAAUUGAAUUACAACUCUCUGAAGAAUUGUUUUUCCCUAAAUUGGUGCAAAAUAAAUGCAAGUUAUUGCAAUUGUGAGGGUUCACUAGUGUUGUACUUUAAAAGUUUAGUUUUAAUGGAUAUUUUUUUAAUUUUGAGAUUGUUUUCUCAGAUUUAUCUUGCAUAGUGGAUUUGUGCUAUAACUUGUAUUUGCCUUGUUUUAAAGUUUCCAAAACAACAGCAUUCUUGUUGACUAGUGGGAGACAAUAAUUGUGGAAAAUUGAUGACUUUCUAUAUGAAAAUGCAAACCUUAAACAAUGUACUUUAUAUGCUCCAGCACUGAAUUUGAAUGCUAUUGUGGGCUGAGCUCUCUUUCUUUCCCAUUGCAUUCAUUAAAAAAACUAAUAUUAAUUUGAAAAUAAAUCAGAAAUUAUUUCCUAAUGCUGUGUGCAUGAAUGGAGUGUUUUCUGCUAACACUAACUAUCCUGUUGGUCUGUGAUUACACCUGAAGCAAUUCCCUUUCAGAAAUGUGCAAUUCAAUAAAGAUGGGACUUUUUCAACAAAGAAUAUGUAGUUUACCUUUUGAAGUUCAAUAAUAUCAUGCAGAAUUCCACAGAAAAUAAUGGUAUUUUUGUUACAACAAUAACAAC